UGAGGAGUGAGGCCCGUUUCUAUUUGGAAAGCUGCGAGAGGGGAGACGGCAACGAGGCGCGAGCAACCCGAGCCUGCACAAACCGUAACGGAGAAACGCCGAGCGGCCAGCGUGAGAGGGAGCGUGUGUUUAAGGGAGAGAGUGAGAGAGAGAGAGACGUAGCAUCGCACGGGGUCGGAUUAGACAAGAGCUGUUCUCUGUUUGACAUUUGGAGCCACGCAUGCUGAGAAUUACGCACGGGAGAUGGGCUUGUGACAGCGAACCAAUCCUUUUUCUUUUUUGUGAUAAACGACCCGACCUGUUUUAAAUUAUUCUGCAUCUCAACUGGCGGCAUCACACUCUCAGAGACAUUUAACACUGCCUACUUUGGAACCGUUUUGGAAUUAAAAACAAUCAUUAAUAUUUUGUGCCGGGCCGAAUUGAUUUGUGUGAGAAUGGGGACGACGAGGUUAUGCGUGCUACAGAGUGAUUGCAAGGCACCGCAUUUCGCACCUGCUCUCUAACCCUCGCCCCCCCCCCCCCCCCCCCAAGACCCUGACGUCUACACUGUAACGGAGUGGACUGCCCAAGAAGAUUUGACCGAGUCAGCCGUCUAGCCUCCCGCGUGAGUCACCGCGAACAAAUAUUUAGACACCGGCUCUUACGCACUACACGCUUUUCCAAAGUCCCCACAAACACAAACACAGCUCAACUCAACUCAACCGGCGGGAUAAUACGAGCCCUGCAGCACAGCGCACCGUCAACCACGGUACCGGACCGGACAGGACCGCACCAAGGCUCGCGCAGACCGGGGUGUUGGAUAUCGACCUGCUAAAUGCCCAGCCGGUCGCACGCGGCUCCACAGGCUGGGCGGCGAAAUGAGCUCGUGGGUCGUCCGACUCCUGCUACUGCUGGGUGCGCUCGCGGCGGCACAUGUGCGGCUCCGCAGCUCUGAGGGCGACCCCCUACCCAGCUACCUGGUGGAGCUGGUGUGGAACAGCCCCAUCGCCUCCAUCGACGACCUCAGGCAUCUGUUUAGGCUAGAGGCCGGAGAACUCACAGAGGGGGAGGAAGAAGAGCAGGACACAUCUGACCAUCACCCUGGGAGAUUCACCAGGAGUCUGAAUGAGGCCCCAAAGGCGAUCAUAGCGGGGUGCAAGGUGCGGACGGAGGUGCAGGAAGUGACCCGGGCCAUGCACGACAUCAGCAACGCCCACUUCAUGCUGUGGCCGCCGUGUGUGGAGGUGCAGCGCUGCUCUGGCUGCUGCAACUCCCAGAUAAUGCACUGUGUCCCAACCAUCACGAGCACCAGAGACCUUGAGGUGGUAAAGAUCCAGUACCUGAACUCCAAGCCUCAGAUUGGGAAGGCCAUCGUCUCCGUGGAGGACCACCUGAGCUGCAGGUGCGAGCAAAGGGCCCACCCCCGUGCCAUCCUGCCCCCCAGCCAGCCCCAGCCCCAGCCCCAGCCCUACCCCCAGCCCUACCCCCAGCCCUUGCCCCAGCCCUACCCCCAGCCCCAUGCCACACCCCCCAAGAGCUCCACCUCCAAGGCCGAGCUCCAUCGUCACGACGACCAGAAGCACAACCAGCAGCAGUUCCAGACGGCGGAGGAGCGUGAGCCCCCGGCCACCCGCCAGUGGCCCCAGGGGGGCUACACCCAGCUGGCCCGCUGGACCCCCGGCCCGGGGGACCACCACGCACCCCCGCUCUACACCCUGGCAGCAGGGGCCGCCGUCACGCGGCCCGUCACCGAAGGGGCCGGAGGCGGCCUGGUGUGGGCGGGGGCCCGAGCGUUGGGCCCCCAGGGCUCCGAGGACAUAGGGCCCCCUCCGGGCAGCGGCUCCGAGGGGGGGGCCCGGGACGCUGCUGGAUCGCAGCAUCAGCAGCCCCUGGCACCCAGGCACCACAACCACCCCCCCCCACCACCCCCACCGCCCCCAGUACCCCCCGUACGGCCAGAGGCCUGAUGCCAGCACGCAGUACAGGCUCAACUCCUUCCAGGGGGACUCCGCUUCCACGCCGCCCAGCAGCGCCACGUGGCCGGCCAAUCACAGGCCAGAAUGGAACCCCACCCCCUCAACGGCCAGCACCAAUCAGAAGGAGCCGGCCUUACAGGUGGCCAGUGGGGAACACGUCAGGGUCGACAAUGACCGACAGAUAGAGACUGGUUCGGCCAAUCAUAGUAAAGGAUCUGACAAGGAGGAAAGCGGGUCGACCAAUAGCGGGGAGGGUGUCGUGGUUCCAGCCAAUCGGCGACAGGAUAAGGACUCUGGAGUGAUGGAUGGGGGGCCUGCUCUCAGCGAGGAGGAGAGGCGACAGAAGCUUCUUGAGAUUGUACAAAGAGAACCACACCCUCCUCACCCUCACCCCGCAGACCACCUUCCCCAGCACAGACCAAAGCCCACCGUGUCUAAAGCAGUGGUCUCCCUGGAGGGUCCAACCCGCCGGCCCCCGUCCACCGCCGCGCGGACCCCUAGGAGGCCGGCCGCGCCCCGGCGCAGGAGGAAGCACCGCAACCGCAACCGCAUCAGCAAGAAGGCCAUGCGGGCCAUCAUCAUGUAGACGGGUGAGGCCUCUCCCCCAAACACCCGUAUACCUUCCCCUCCGAACUGGGGGGAAGGUACCCUACGGAAGCCAAAGUGAAGCGACUGUGAGGAUGAGCCAAUAACAACUGGAACACUGGACUUUUGGGGGAUCCUUCUGCAGAAGGCUCUACAACUCUAGAAGAUGACACCAUUUUGGUUCAAACUGAACCUGCAACUGGAACUUUAACUUCUACUGAACUUUUAAUGUGCAAUCAUACUGACUCUUUGUGAACAGAGCAUACUUGUUAGAUUAUGAAUAAUAAUAAUAAGGAUAAUAAUAACACACUUGAGACUGGCCUAUACAUUAUAUGAACCAUGAAUCUAGCGAAUAGGUGCCCUGAUAGCCCCCCUUGUCCCUUACCUGGAAUCCUGAUUGCCUAUUGGACGGCCGGGUGGCUGAAUGUUCUCCCGCGUCGACGCACAGCCAUUGAUUGGCUGUGCCCGACUUGUUUGACUACUGAUUGGGCGUCGAAGGAACGAAGAGCUUCCUGGCUUUGGUGCUGGGAGUUAUCUUCAAACAGAGCUGCUGUAGCAACCCUACCGCUGAACCAGACACUGUUGUGUGGGAAAAAGAAACAAGAGAAAAAGAAAAAAGAACAAUUAGCCAAGAACAAUUAGACACAGAGCGGCCUGCUGAAAGAGAAACACACCGCCCCAACGCCAAAACCGUUGACUGCUAAACUCUUCGUUGCUCUAGAUCCAACCAUAACACUGGAGUGACAUACACUGAUCCUGUGCUGUUGACCUAUUUAACCCAAACCUAGUGUGUAAUCUCCAGAAGUACUGCCCCUGUGGAACGCUUGUGCAGCCAUUAAUACCCGCCUGGUCCCGGUGACCAGGCCGCCAUAGUAAUGCCCCCCCCCCCCCCUCCGCGUAGGGAAGAGCGCUUCGCAAAGUAAAACGACAAAAGAGUCUUUAUUUCUUAACUUAUUUUAAAACAAUGGAGGAUGCUGCAUCUUCCUCGUUCUUAAGUGUAAUUAUUGGUGCCGCAGUUAGUUUUAAUGAUUAUUGAUCACUGGUUGUACACUGUUACUGUCAUGAAUGUUAUUUUUAAUAUAAAGACCAAACGGUAAAGUA